AGGGCGGACGCUCCGGGUCCCGGCCCGGCAUCUCGGGCGGGCGGCGUCGCGGCCAUGGCCAAGGAGCGGCGGAGGGCCGUCCUGGAGCUGCUGCAGCGGCCGGGGAACACGAGAUGCGCCGACUGCGGCGCCCCGGAUCCCGACUGGGCUUCCUACACCCUGGGGGUGUUCAUCUGUCUGAGCUGCUCUGGGAUCCACCGGAACAUUCCCCAGGUCAGCAAGGUGAAGUCCAUCCGUCUGGAUGCCUGGGAGGAGGCCCAAGUGGAGUUCAUGGCCUCCCACGGAAAUGACGCUGCGAGGGACAAGUACGAGUCCAAAGUGCCUCCCUUCUACUACCGGCCCACGUUUUCCGACUGUCAACUCCUGCGCGAGCAAUGGAUCCGGGCCAAGUACGAGCGACAAGAGUUCACCCACCCGGACAAGCAGGAGCCCUACUCCGCAGGAUACCGAGAAGGCUUUCUCUGGAAGCGGGGCCGGGACAACGGGCAGUUUUUAAGCCGGAAGUUUGUGCUGACGGAACGGGAAGGCUCGCUGAAGUAUUUCAACAGAAAUGAUGCCAAGGAGCCCAAGGCUAUCAUGAAGAUCGAGCAUCUGAAUGCCACCUUCCAGCCCGCCAAGAUCGGCCACCCCCACGGCUUGCAGGUCACCUACCUGAAGGACAACAGUACCCGUAACAUCUUUGUCUACCACGAGGACGGGAAGGAGAUCGUGGACUGGUUCAAUGCGCUCCGAGCCGCCCGCUUCCACUACCUGCAGGUGGCCUUCCCCGGGGCCAGUGAUGCCGACUUGGUCCCGAAGCUCUCCCGGAACUACCUGAAGGAAGGCUACAUGGAGAAAACGGGGCCCAAGCAAACAGAAGGCUUCCGGAAGCGCUGGUUCACCAUGGAUGACCGGAGGCUCAUGUACUUCAAAGACCCUCUGGAUGCCUUUGCUCGCGGGGAAGUCUUCAUCGGCAGCAAGGAGAGCGGCUACACGGUGCUGGACGGGCUCCCGCCGUCCACCCAGGGCCACCACUGGCCCCACGGCAUCACCAUCGUCACGCCAGAGCGCAGGUUCCUGCUGGCCUGCGAGACGGAGAUGGAGCAGCGGGCCUGGGUGGAGGCUUUCCGGAAGGUCGUGGACAGGCCGAUGCUGCCCCAGGAAUACGCAGUGGAAGCGCACUUCAAGCAUAAACCCUAACGAGAGACGGUUCUGGAGGCCCGAGGGAACCGGACUUGUUGGAAGUGGCCCUCGAGGAGGCAGCAGCCAGACUGGGGGGCUGCCAGAUGGAGGAACCAGCUUCGUGGCCCCGGCCCCAAGCGGCAGCCCCGGACACGGCCACGUGGGGCCUGAGCUUUAGCCACUAGGACCCUUUUCUCUGGAACCUCACUGCAGGCCGGCCUGACCUGCUCUCAGACCCCACCAUGCUGCUGCCCAGCGCUGUGACCCCUGCCACCCUCCCCCCCACCACACCCCUCCACUGAACCACCCUUCCUCUGAGGCCUGCGCCCGGCCUCCUGGCUCAGGGCAGCCCGGCAGACCCUCCCUACCUGCCCUUGCCCCCUGCCCGCCUGAGCAGGACCCUGCCCCUGAGCAGGAGGCUGGGCUGUGGGGACAGCGGGUGGCCUGCAUGCCUCCCCUCCCCCUCCUGCCCUUCCCUCAAGUCUCUGUCAACAAGUAUUUAUUGAGCUA